AUGCCACAAACCGCCAGUACCCAAGAUUUACGCAUUGCUUUAUUUGGUCCGCAGGCGCUGAAUUGGACUCGAGAAAAUCUGAUCAGCCUCCAAGAUGCAAUUCAGCAAGAUCCCCGUCUCCAUUUCAUCAUUAAUACUCUGAUGCACCUGCACACAUUAUGGCCUGCGCUGGUGCAACAUUGUAACAUCUCUGGUGUUGAUGGCGAGGAAAAGCUCAAGGAACUUGGGGAGUUUGCGGAAGGAAGGAAUAACCCUGAUCCCCAGAAGCUUAGCAAUGUCCAGUUGGCACCACUGACUGUCCUGUCUCAUAUCGCAGACUUUAUUCAACUUAGCGACGAGGCGGACUCGGGCGAACGCUUCUUGGGCUUCCGGGCAGCGCAGGGGUUCUGUAUAGGUUUCCUUUCUGCGGCAGCUGUGUCUUCGUCGAGCGAUUAUACCGAGCUCGAGCGAAAUGUAUCAAGUUGUCUCCGUCUUGCCGUCUGUAUUGGCGCCAUAAUUGACUCGCAGGAUGUAUCAAAUGCCCCUUCUGACCGCGCGACAGCCGUUUCUGUUCGUUGGAACACACCCUCGAACAGAGCUUAUCUGGAAACAUGUCUGGACCUCUUCCCUGACGCUUACAUAUCCUGCAUACCCGACGAUUAUACUCUGACGAUUGGUAUGCCUAAACGUGACCAAACAUCGUUUCGUGCCAGGCUUGAUAAAUCGAAAAUUCCAAACAUCAACAUUGGUCUUGAUGGGUGGUAUCAUCAUCCCAGAAACGCCCAGGCUGCAGAUUCCCUCAAAAGGUUCUGCACCGGAAACAAAGGACUUGAGCUUCCUGACGCUCGAAAAUUGCUCAUGCCCUUGAGAUCUACGGCAGAUACCGAGAUUAUCACUACCGGAGCGCUCCACGAAGUCGCCAUAGAUCUAAUCUUGUGUAAGCGAGCUCACUGGCACCAAACAGUCCAGCAGACUGUAUCGCGAUUCCCAAGUAAAGUCGAACUAAUCCAGGUGGGAACACAGCCGUGCAUCCCAAGGUCGCUAUCGCCGAGCAAGCGCAACGUCAAAAACAAUACUCCGCAUCAUAUGAACGUAACAGAUCCCGCCAGCAGACCCGAGGAGGUCGCUGUGGUUGGAAUGGCAUGCCGGUUUCCAGAAGCAGACUCAAUAGAAGAAUUUUGGCAAUUGCUAGUCUCAGGGAAAACCUGUAUUGGCAAGCUUCCUACGGAGCGUUUUGACCCAGCAGACGUCAACAGAGAACCCAAACUCGGCAACUACUGGGGAAACUUCAUCAGGAGACCUGAUGUCUUUGAUCACCGAUUUUUUGGUUUCUCGGGCCGGGAGGCCAAAUCGAUGGAUCCGCAACAGCGACUCGCAUUGCAGGUCGCUUAUGAGGCAUUGGAGUCCUCGGGGUAUUUUGCUCUGCCAGAAGUAGAAAGGGAGACUGACGUGGGUUGUUACGUUGGCGUUGGUGCUGUUGAAUACGAAGAGAAUGUCGCUUCCGAGGAUGCUAACGCAUUCUCCGCCACGGGUACACUACGAGCUUUUAUCAGCGGUCGUGUCAGCCAUUUCUUUGGCUGGAGCGGCCCCUCGAUUACUCUUGACACAGCGUGUUCAUCAUCUUCCGUUGCGAUACACACAGCAUGCAGAGCAUUGCUUGCUGGAGAAUGUUCCAUGGCCUUAGCUGGAGGAGUCAACGUUAUCACAGGUCCCAACUUAUACCAAAAUCUCUCAGCUGCUUCUUUCCUGGAUCCCAAUGGAUCUUCGAGGGCGUUUGCUGCGGGUAGCAAUGGCUACUGUAGAGGUGAAGGUGUCGGUAUUCUGGUCCUAAAGCCGCUCUCAAAGGCAAUAUCGGACUGUGACAACAUCCUGGGUGUCAUUUCGGGCUCAGCGGUCAAUCAAGGUUCUAACAACAGUGCCAUAACAGUACCAGACUCCAAGUCGCAGAGCGCAUUGUAUAAACGAGCGCUUUCAAUUGCGCACAUAGAGCCCACUCAAGUCACUUAUGUCGAAGCACACGGCACUGGAACUCCCGUUGGAGACCCAAUAGAAUACGAGAGUGUUCAAAUGGCGCUUACUGGCCCUUUGCGGAAACAUUUAUUGUUCUUGGGCUCAGUCAAAGACAAUAUUGGACACACUGAGGCCGCUUCCGGUGUUGCUGGAGUUAUCAAAACGCUUCUCAUGAUGCAGUAUAGAACAAUUCCAAGACAGGCUAACUUUGUCUCUCUUAACCCAAGCAUCAAAGCUUCGCCAGACGAAAAGUUGGUGAUACCGACGACUACCCAGCAAUGGAGCGCCCAACAGUAUGUUGCGUUGGUGAACAACUAUGGAGCUGCGGGAAGUACUGCUUCGAUUGUACUUCGAGGGUAUUCAAAUGCCUCUCGAAGUCCACUGGAGGCGGCUAAUCAACUUCGGGAGCUACCUUCAUCGGCUUCCUACCCCAUCUUUCUAUCUUCGAAGUCCGAAGGGAAUCUUCAAUUGUACAUCAACGCGAUGAAAAAAUAUCUCCCUUCCGUUCAAAUGUCGAUGAAGGACAUUGCUUACAAUAUUGCUCGGAGGCAAAACUUGUCUUUUGAGCACCGAAUUGCGUUUACUGCAAAGGAUAAAGAGGAUUUGAUCUCUAAACUGAGCGGAAUUGGAGCAGCAGUUCGGACGAAAAAGUCCCCAGUGGUUUUCUGCUUUGGCGGCCAAGUUGGGAGCACAGUCACCAUCGCCAGAGAACUAUUUGAUAGCUGUGAUCUUCUUCGGAAACAUCUGAAUGAAUGUAACACCAUUUGCGAAGAGCUAGGACUCGGUAGCAUCUUCCCGCACAUAUUCCAUGGCGGCGUGAUCGAAGACAUUGUUACUCUCCAUUGCAUGCUUCUGUCAUUACAGGUCUCUUUCGCCAGGUGUUGGAUAGAAUGUGGGCUUCAGAUCGAUACUUUACUUGGCCACAGCUUCGGCCAACUCUCGGCACUGUGCGUUGCUGAUUCCAUUUCUCUCAAAGAUGCAAUACGCCUCGUCUCUGGCCGAGCGCGCCUUAUCAGAGACAGCUGGGGUCCAGAGCGUGGGGUUAUGAUAUCGGUGGAAUGCGAUCGUAAGGAAAUUGAGGCCGUGGUAACUGUUGUAAACUCGACGCCGGGCUUUCGCGUGGAUAUCGCCUGUUACAACAGCUCUCGUAGCUUUGUGCUCGCUGGCGAUACGGCCUCGAUGGUGCGAGUGGAGGAAGAAUGCAAGUCUUUUAAAGUGACCCGGCUUCCAAACACUCAUGCCUACCACUCUUACCUCGCAGAUGGCAUUCUGGAUGAUUUCAAGGAGGUUGCUGAAUCAAUCAGCGUACGCCCGCCUCGCAUCCGCAUCGAGACUUGCUCUACCAAAGAGACCUGGCCACAGUUUACCGCGGAGAUUUUGGUACAGCACACCCGGCAACCUGUGCACUUGGAGGAUGCAGUUGAACGCAUUGCCGCCCGUCUGCCUUCCGCCGUGUGGUUAGAAGCUGGAUCGGCAACGCCUAUAAUUGCUAUGGUGCGUCGCAUUCUGAGCAAACCGGGCAGGUUGGAUAAAUUCAUUCCCAUGAAUUUGGGAAGUACAGAUGCGCGGGGCAAUCUUGCCAACGCCGCAUGCCAUUUGUGGAAAGCUGGAUCCGACGCCCAAUACUGGCUCUUCCAUCGUGCUUCGCGCGACCUCUACACGAAUAUGAAUCUUCCACCUUACCAAUUCGAGCAAAUACGGCAUUGGAUUGACUACAAGCCGAAUCAAAAACGAUCACCAGCUGCUUCAAAACUAGACCUCGCCCUACCUAGCAGGAGGCUCGAUCUAGUGAAUUUAGUGGAGCAACGGGGUUCCAAUGGGGAAUAUCUGUUUCUAGUGGACACGGCCAAUGGCGUUUUCGAUCUUGCUGGACGUGGACACGCUGUUGCAAGCUACAGCAUUUGCCCUGCGUCUAUGUAUAUAGAACUUGCUGCUCGAAGUGCCAUCACAAUCCCAAACAGCACUUCCGGAACCGAAAAGGUGCCGCAUGUCGAGGCAUUAACCAUGUCUUCGCCUCUUGGCCUUGGUGGUGACUCCAAGGUGUUGCUGCGUCUUCGCAACACUGCCCAAGACGCUUGGGAUUUUGCACUCUUCAGUCAUCAGGGACAAGGAGAGAUGGAAGAUAGUGAGAUUGAGCAUGCCAGCGGCCGGAUUAGCUUUGUCCAUGUGACUAAUGGCGUGGAAAGAAAUAUACAGUUGCUGAACAAGUUUGCCGGAAUUUCACACGCUGACCGUAUUUCGAAGUCCGCCUCAGCAACAGGUAUUAGCGGACCAAUGGUCUACAAUCUUUUCUCUGAUGUUGUAGAAUAUGCUGACUACUACCGCGGGGUUAAGAGCUUGUACGCAUUGGAGAAUGAGGCAGUGGGUUUGGUGACCGUCCCAGCAGACCGUUCCAUCAGCAUGGAUGCUAUGGUCAGUGAUCCUAUCUCCGUGGACAACUUUCUACAAGUGGCUGGUAUACACAUAAACUGCUUAUCUUCACGCAAGGAAGACGAGAUCUUUAUGUGCACCGCCGUGGAGGAAGUGAUGUUCUCGGCGUCUUUUAUGAGGGAUAAAUCGAAUUCCCGCACGUGGACCGUUUACUCCCGCUUCGAACUGGUAUCUGAAGCCAUCAUAGUUAAUGAUAUCUUUGUCUACGACGCAUCAUCUUGCAUCUUGGUGGCGGCAAUCAUGGGCGCGACUUUCAAAAGCGUCUCACGCAAGUCGCUGUUGAGGAACCUUGGUAGACUCAACCUUUCCAGAAGUACCCCAAGGAAGUCAAUCGAUAGCAAGAGCGAUCACGAUUCGGGAUACCAGUCACCUUCCCAUACGCUCCCUGUGGGGUAUCAAAGCAAAGAGUUCGCAACAUAUGAUCUGUCGAUCAAUGAAUCUGCCAUGGGAGCGUCCUCUAUCGGCUCUCAAGUUGAGCACCCACUAACAGAGCUCGAUAAGUCGGGCUCCCUGGAUCAACUUCUUUGCCAGAUGUUCAGCGAUAUUAUGGAAAUCCCCGUCGUAGAGAUCGAGCCCACAACAUUACUAGUUGACAUUGGAAUCGACUCACUGCUAGUCACAGAAGUGAUAGCAGAAAUUCAGAAACGAUUCCACUUCGCCUUUACGCAAGCGCAAUUCAUGGAGUGUAACAAUGUGCGCUCUCUUGGUCGCCGUAUUCAACCGAGUACAAUUACUGAGAACUCUCAAGACAGCUCCACAAAGGCUAGUGCCGUUUCUCCACGCGAAAUCUACGAUAACGAUGCUGUGUUCGAAGAGCCAGCCGGAGAUGAUCUCGCCGUCAUCUGUCAAGAUCGUUUCGCUCAUGUGAAAAACUUUUAUGAACAGCAUGCAACAGCUGCAGGCUUUUCUGGUUUCUGCACAGAAGGUUUCUUGUUGCAGUCUAGGCUUGUUGUGCAAUAUGUUGUGGAGGCUUUUGACUCUCUUGGCUGUUCUCUCCAAGCUCUGGACUGUGACGAUGAGAUUCCGAACUUUCAGUACGAUCCACAGCACGCAAAGCUCGUUCGUCAACUGCACAAAAUCUUAGAAGAAGCUGGACUCGUAAAGAAACAGAAGACUGGUAAGUUCCAACGCACCGCUACGCCAGUUCUCACAAUUCCUGCCCGUACUUUGCAUAGCGAAAUGCUGCUUAAGUAUCCCAAGCAUGCUUCAGAGACGCAGCUUCUACAUGCUACAGCGAGCAGGCUCGCCGACUGCAUUUCCGGUAGGGCCGAUCCAUUGGCGUUACUGUUUGGAGAUGCAGCGGCACGCGCAUUGCUUGAAGACGUAUACGCGAACGCACCUAUGUUCAAGACCGGGAGCUUGCUUCUCACUCAGUAUCUGUCAUCCGCGCUGGAGCAUGUAACAGGUGAUCGGGAGAUCAGAAUACUUGAGCUUGGAGCAGGUACUGGAGGAACGACUCUACCUCUUGUCACGCAUCUUGCUGGGCUACACACUAAGCCCAAAUUCUCAUACACAUUUACCGAUCUCUCGCCCUCACUCGUCGCUGCUGCCCGCCGCAAGUUCGGAAAGUACCCUUUCAUGAAAUAUACAGUGCUCGAUGUAGAAGAGGACCCAGAACCGCAAUUUCUAAGUGCGUACGAUAUUAUCAUUUCAACCAACUGUAUUCAUGCAACCAAGGACUUGGUGCAGUCAACCACUAAUAUCCGCAAAAUGCUGCGCCAUAACGGAGUACUCUGUCUGGUUGAGCUGACGCGCAACCUGUUCUGGUUUGAUCUCGUAUUCGGACUCUUAGAGGGUUGGUGGUUGUUCAGCGAUGAAAGACAGCACGCGCUAGCAGACGAGCACCUUUGGAAGACCUCCUUGCAGGCUGCGGGAUUCAACUGGGUCGAUUGGACCCAAACCGCAUCUCCAGAAUCCAAUAUCCUGAAAGUAGUCACAGCAUCUCCCUCCCAGCCGGUAAUGAGUAGCGUGAGUAGUGUGGUCGAUGGUGAGAGUCGUCAUACCCGGCAGACUAUGGUCUUCAAGAGUGUCGAUGGCCUAGAUCUCCUCGCUGACAUCCACUAUCCCGUUGAUACGGUUGAUGAUUUUCGAAGACUUCCUGUAGCACUGAUGGUCCACGGUGGGGGCCAUAUAAUGCUUUCACGCGACGAUAUUCGCCCAGAGCAGACUCAGAUGCUCUUGGACAGAGGUUUCCUGCCUAUCAGUGUCGACUACCGGCUGUGCCCGGAAACAACGCUCCUCGAAGGACCCAUGGCUGAUGUUGUCGAUGCGCUGACUUGGAUCCGGACUGUGCUUCCUCAUCUCACGCUGGCCCGAGCAGAUGUCCGCGUGGACGGCGAGAGAGUUGUGAGCGUGGGAUGGUCCACCGGUGGACAUUUGGCCAUGUCUCUUGCGUGGACAAGUCUUUCGAGAGAAAUUCGACCUCCGGAGGCUAUCCUUGUUUUCUAUUGUCCAAGUGAUUACGAAGAUGCCUUCUGGACCAAACCUAACAUACCCAUCGGUGCCGAAGACCCAAAUCUAGACCCAAAUUUGGCCUCAUCUUAUGAACUUGAUGAAACCAUCUGGGAGGCCGUAUACGACCACCCGAUCACUUCUUACAAAGUUCCACCUACUGAGCCUUCCGUCGGUGGGUGGCUAGCACCUAGCGAUCCUCGCAGUCGACUCGCAUUAUAUAUGAAUUCGCAAGGCCGCACGCUGCAUGUCCUUUUGAACGGACUCGAUAGCCGUAUCCAUAGCGAGCCCUCACUCCCAUCUCCCGCAGAUGUUGCUGCCGUGAGUCCAGUUGCGCACGUUCGGAACGACACAUACUUUACGCCUACCUUUAUGAUUCAUCCCCGCGAGGACGACCUGAUCCCGUGGCAGCAGGCGCAGCGGACAUGGGAAGCAAUGAUCGCCCACGGUAUUGAUGCAGAACUUAGAAUUGUUGAAGAGGUGCCGCAUUUGUUCGAUUUGUACCGAGAGCAUCGAAGGAAGAAGGCUACGAUGAGAACUGUAACAGAGGGAUAUAACUUUCUUCAGCGACAUGUAUAA